AUGGAACAACUUAGAAAUCACCAUAGUCAAGACCAACCUCAACCUGAUCAAAGCAAAAAACCAACAAAAGCUAAAGCACCCAUGAUUAAGUAUAUCUCCAGCCCUAUGAUGGUUCAAGCCAGCAAUGCUUCUGAGUUCAGAGCAAUUGUUCAGCAACUCACAGGCCAAGAUUCCAAUAUUGCAGUUUUUGAUGAUCAACAAGGCACUCAUGAUGAACAAGCCAGCUGGGUUUCUUCUUCUAACCAUGAAGCUUCAAAAGCAGAUAGGGUGAUGAGGUUUUCAGAAGGCCCUCCUCUCCCUGUAGCUGUUCUUGAUCAGCUUAGUGAUGAAAAUAACUUAUGGGAAGCAGUUGCAGAAAGCUUGUCUACUUUCCAACCUCCUUGUGUUUAUGUAUGA